UCUCCGUUUCACUUCCCUUACCAACACACAUGAGAACACUCCAAUAGUCUCUUCUUCUUCUUCCUCUGCCUCCUUCUCCCAAAAUAUCUCUCUCUCUCAUAAUGGCAGUGUUGGCUUUGGUUUUAUGUGUUCUUACAAUUCUUGCGGAUUUAACAGCAAUUUAUGAAGCAAGAAUCCCAGGAGUUUACAAUGGAGGAGGUUGGGAAAGUGCUCACGCUACUUUCUAUGGUGGCUCUGAUGCUUCUGGCACCAUGGGAGGUGCUUGUGGUUACGGCAACUUGUACAGCCAAGGCUACGGUGUAAACACGGCGGCUCUAAGCACGGCUCUGUUCAACAACGGAUUCAGUUGCGGCGCUUGUUUCGAGCUUAAAUGCGCGAGUGAUCCCAAGUGGUGCCACUCAGGAAGCCCUUCCAUCUUCAUCACUGCCACCAAUUUCUGUCCUCCGAACUUCGCUCAGCCCAGUGACAAUGGCGGAUGGUGCAACCCUCCUAGGCCUCACUUCGAUCUCGCUAUGCCUAUGUUCCUCAAGAUCGCCGAGUAUCGCGCCGGAAUUGUCCCCGUCUCUUUCCGCCGAGUGCCAUGCCGGAAAAGAGGAGGAAUGAGGUUCACGAUCAACGGUUUCCGUUACUUUAACUUGGUUCUGGUCACAAACGUCGCCGGAGCUGGAAACAUCGUGCGGCUGAGCGUGAAAGGAACAAGAACUUCGUGGAUGAGCAUGAGCCGAAACUGGGGGCAAAACUGGCAAUCAAACUCUGUUUUGGUUGGUCAGUCACUUUCGUUUAGAGUCACAGGCAGUGAUCGUAGAACUUCCACGUCGUGGAACAUUGCUCCGGCUCAUUGGCAGUUUGGUCAGACUUUCAUGGGAAAGAACUUCAGAGUUUGAAAUGGGCAAUUUCGGAAAAUCAGCUAUUGAAAAAACCAUUUGAUUAGUAUUGUCUACGUAUUAUUACUAGUUUACUACUCCAAGCCGAAGGCAAUUAGUAAUUGAGAAUAUAUAUUAUUAUUUUUCAUGUUUCCAAGACCACUAAAAAUUCCAGUUUUCUACCUCUGAUGGUUUUUUUGUAACGUGUUCGUUGGGGAGUGUGAAAGUGGACAGUGGCUAAAAUGGUUCAUGGUGUUUUUUUUUAGCGUGUUGGGUAUUAAAUGUUUAAUGAGUUUCCUUUUGGGGUAAAAUUAGAAGUUUGUUGAAAGUAGAAGGAGCUAAAGUAGAUGGAAAGAGUUCUGCUAUUAGCUAUUUCUUGUUUGUAAUGGUUCUUGUAGACCUCUAUAUUGUAAUAUAUGAAAGUUUGGGUAUGUUAUGGUUUAA